GGUUAUAAUGAUAUAGAGAAAGUACAUUUCUGGGACCCUAGGAAAGAAUUCAAGAAUGGGGUUAGGUUUUUAGGUUUUGAUAGUAGUACUUGUGACCCUUUCUUAGCUUUACUCUUUGAAUACAAAAGCAUUCAUAUAUACAUUGAACAUAAAAUCAAACCCACCUACAACUUUAACCUAAACAGGAGUGCAGGAGGGGGAGGAGGGAGAGGUAGCUUCCUUGAGUUGUUGAAUACUGAUGUGGUUGACUUAAAUUCUGAUUAUGUGGAACCACCUUUUACAGUACUCCCACCCAAACAAACUGAAACUCAACCUGAAACUCAACCUGAACCUCAUAUUCAACCUCAAAAUGUGCCUCAACCUGAAAUUGAUUAUGAUUCAGAGGGUACAGAUGAAGAUGAUGAUGAGUUAGCCACUGCUAGGUCUAAGAUAUCUGAUGAUAUGAGAAGGGAAAGGCUUAUUUUGAGGAGUUAGUAAUGCUGAAAAAACUAGCAGAAAGUAAAGUAGAAGGUGGUCUGAAUUUGGGGGAUGACUUUGAUGGAUACAGUGACUUAGACAGCCCUAGUGAGUCAGAAGAUGAGGAUGAUGUUGGUUACUUAGUUGCACCACAACACCAUAAGAGGGGGAGAGGGAAACAGAAGCAAAACGACACUGAAACUGAAGAGAGGGAAGCCACUUUUUAUGUGGGGCAACAGUUUGAGAAUCCAAAGACAUUUAGGAAAGCAAUCAUAGAUUAUUCAAUUGAUAAAGGAAGAAACAUUCCAUUUUCUAAAAAUGAUUCCACUAGGGUUUGUGCAGAGUGUGAGCACAAAGAUAAAGGUUGUAAAUGGAGAAUUUGGGCUUCAUGGGAGAGAGGAAGAAGGUCAUUUACAGUGAAAACAUUUGUCAGUGAGCACACUUGUGGUAGGACACCUAUCAUUAAGAAGAUGACUUCACAUUGGAUUGCAGAACACUACCAGAAUCUGUUUAAGGUUAACCCUUACAUGAGAGUGCAAGAUAUUCAGGAAACCAUUUGGUUAGAAAAGGGUAUAAGGGUGAGCAAAGACAAGGCUGCCAGGGCUAGGAGAAGGGGUCAAGCACUCAUUGUUGGUGAAUACAAAGAGCAGUAUGCAUUACUCCCAAGGUAUGCAGCUGAGAUACUAAGAAGCAAUCCAGGGAACACAGUGAAGUUGAAGUUGGAUGCAAAUGUGUUUGACAGACUGUAUUUGUGUUUUGAGGCACUUAGGAAAGGGUUCUUGGCAGGAUGCAGACCUUUCAUAUCACUUGAUGGAUGUUUCUUAAAGGGACCAUUUGGGGGUCAAUUGUUAGUAGCAGUAGGGAGGGAUGGAAACAAUCAAAUGUUCCCUUUGGCUUGGGUUGUUUGUGAGGUUGAGAGCACUGACACAUGGAGUUGGUUUCUAGAACUUCUAGCUACUGAUUUAGGCACUAGUGAAGGAGCAGGGUACACUUUCAUGUCUGACCAACAAAAGGGUUUACUUGCUGCUGUGUCAAAUGUGUUUCCACAAGCUGAAAGUAGGGUGUGUGCAAGGCAUGUGUACUGUAACUUUAGGGGAGUGUUUGGAGGUGGUUUAGAGUACAGAAAACAAUUUUGGACUAUUGCAAAAAGCAACACAGUAAAUCACUUCAAUGAAAACAUUGAAGUAAUGAGGGGUAUUUCACAUGAAGCUGCUGAAGACCUACUGAAAAGGAACUACAAGAAAUGGUGUAGGGCAUUCUACACUCCAUUAUCUUGUUGUGACAGUGUAGACAACAACAUGAGUGAGGUGUUUAAUGCAUACAUCUUGAGUGCAAGGCACAAGCCUAUUAUUACCAUGUUGGAAGAUAUCAGAGAGGGUUUGAUGGAAAGACUGCAUAAGAAAAGAGAUUUCAUUGGGAAAAAGGAGAUAAUGUUGUGUCCUAGGAUCCAAAUUCAGUUAGAGAAACACAAAAUUUGGGCUAGGGGUUGGAAUGCAUAUUGGGAUGGUGGGUUUUGCUAUGGAGUAAGAGAAGGUGCAACACAGGUUAAGUAUGUGGUGGAUCUGAACCAACAUACUUGCAGUUGCAAUGCAUGGCAGGUGAGUGGGAUUCCAUGCAAACAUGCAAUUGUUGCUAUAUGGAAUAAAGUAGACCACCCAGAACAAUAUGUCAAUGCAUAUUUCUGCAAACAGACCUACAUGAAGGCAUAUGAAUUUUUGUUAGAGCCUUUAAAUGGUCCUCAAGAGUGGCCUACUUCUGAUAGCAUUGUUGUGGCUCCAAAGGUGAAAAAGGUCAAUGGAAGACCUAAAACAAAGAGGAGAUAUGGUGUUGGAGAGGUAACUGCAUCUGGUAAGCUGAAGAGAACAUGUUGUUCUAUGAAAUGCAGCUUAUGUGGUGUGAUAGGCCACAACAAAAGGGGUUGCAAGAAUGCCCCUAAGCAACAACAACACAGCAACAAUCAUGCUACUGCAGAGCAGACCACACCACAGCAACAACACCCAAGAACCAGUUCAACUAUACCAAUGCACAAUAGGGGUGUGGGUAUUUAUACCUACCCAAAUGGGUAUCAAAGAAUAGCUACUCCUAUAUCACAACACUUCCCCACACCACAGAGGCAAAGACCUCCUGCAGCUUUCUAUUCUGAUCAUGGGGGUGAGCAAACCAUCUACUCCUUCCCUGCACAUGACUUCCCAUUGUCACAGACUCAACCAAGUCAAGGACACACAAUAUCAAGCCAAGCAUUGCAGGAUCUUGCAAUGGCUAGAAGAUUAGAAAAAAGACCAUGAG